AAAAAAAAAACUAUAUAUAUUAUCAUUAGUAAGCAAUAGCACUUCCCACAUCUAAGUAUAAUGGGAUUCUCCAAAUCCAAGAGAAUGGCUUUUCCUUGCGUCUCAAUUCUUCCUCUUCUCCUUCUUUUAUUAAUCACUCCUUUCUCUUCAUCUUUGUCUACGAGUGAAAGAGUCACAUUUCAAUUACUCAACCAACUCUGCUCAACACCGACAAUUCGCAAGCACUUCUGCAUCACUUGGCUUACCGAUGAUCCAAUGACGUUCCGCAGCGACGUGAACGGUCUUCUCAGUUUGGUCUUUCAAAAGACGCUAUCGUUUGGCUAUAAGAACCAACGAAUGAUGUUAGGCUUAGCAAGAACCACGAGUGAUCCGACGCUCAAGAUACCCUAUAAUUCUUGCUUAAAUUAUUAUGACUUGGCCACUAAAUCGAUCGACGAAGCUAUAGAGUUUUCUAUCUCCAAGGAGUAUGAAUUAGCAUCUCAGGUGGCUGCGAGAGCAUUUCUUAGUGUAACUUCGUGUGAAGCUAUUCUUGAAGGACGUAAAAAUGUGCCGUCUUAUGUUCCAUUACGCAAUAUGCGGUUUAAAAGAAUGUUACACAUUGGUAGAGUUUUCUCUGACGUUUUGAGGUCCUGAUUCUUUGUGUAUCUGUCACCUGCAAGACGGGAAUGAAUAAAUUCAUUAGUUAAAUUACCGUGUCUUGCAUCUUCGCUAAGACUGUCAUACUCAUAUUACUUCUGGUGUAAAUUUGUAACAAUCAUAUAUUCAUAAGUUGUCCUACAAUAAACCUUUUUGGCACCAAAGAUGAGAGAAUUCGGGAAAGUAUAGUAAGAAGAAUACUAAUCAGAUAACUAUAUCGCUGCACUAAUGCUAAGAAUAGCAAAGUUUUUUUCUCUCUUAGAUUAGGACUUGUGGUCUAUCUAAGAAUCAGAAACCCAUUCUAAGAGUUUCCAACACUUGCAAUGAUCACGUUUGGUUCUGCACAAACAAAUGCAUCAGAAGCUUUCAAUAGGAUUCAAUCUCCUUCAUACUCUUUAUACAAUACAUCAUGCAAGAACCUGGUUUCUUCGCAUCUUGUUUUUACAUAGGGAAAUUAAGAGACAACAACUAGUAUUAGACAUAUAUAGCAAAGAAGAGAAAAAUAUCUGAAACCAAACUCUCUUCAUUAUCCAGUAAAACUCAAGAUCGUGUUACACAUCAAGUCAACAACAUAGGAAAAGAUGAGAACAAUGAAGGCAAACCAAAAGGAUUAUACUUUAUUGAACAAGAUCACAAGAUGAGAGAAUUGGCUGCAGCAACAUAAUUA